AUGGAGAAUUCAGCAGAUUGGGAGCUUGGGAAUCUGAUAAAUGAGCUAAUGCUAGGGAGGGAGUUGGCUAAGCAGCUUCAGGUUCGUAUCAAUGCCCCAUCUUCUUCACCCGAGAGUCGUGAAUUGUUGGUUCACAAGAUAAUCAACUCCUACGAGAAGGUGUUGAACAUGCUCAAAAGUAAUGCCGCUGUCAGAGUGGGAGAGAGGGAACAAAGUACAGGGACAACCAUCGCAAUGUCUGAAUCCCGCUCCCGCCAAAAUACAGGGUUGGCAAUUGGAAUGCCUGAUUCCCCAAGAUCCUUGAGCGCAAGUCCGCACAGUGAUGAUUCUGAUAGAGAAUUCAGGGAUCAGGACUCCAGAGACGUCACCAGGAAGAGGAAGGCUAUGCCACGGUGGACAAAACACGUUCAAGUUUGUCCUGGGAUGGGACUUGAAGGGCCUCUAGAUGAUGGCUUCAGUUGGAGAAAGUAUGGGCAGAAAGAUAUUCUUGGAGCCAAACACCCAAGAGGUUACUACAGGUGCACUCACCGACACGUCCAAGGCUGUCUGGCUACAAAACAAGUUCAAAGAUCUGAUGAGGACCCAACAAUAUUCGAAGUUACAUACCGUGGAAGGCAUACAUGUAACCAGGGUUCUGAGCCAAAACCACCUUCAGCAGCAGCUGAAAAGCCUGAAACUAGCUCGCAAGGGAAACAUCGACAGGUGACCUCUCAACCGCAACAAAAUCAACAGGGAAUACUCUUGAGUUUCCAACGAGACCUAAAAGUUAACACCAAGGACCUAGACUCCCACAACCAACAUUUCCCUACAUUUGACUUCGCUUCAACAUCAACUACAAAGCCAGAAACUCAUCCUUUCUUGCCAUCUCUGACUGAUAACAACUUUGCAGGAGAUUUGUCUCCUCCAUUCAUGACUCCCCUAACAUCAGGGUCAGACUACUUCCCGGUUUCACCAACUCACAUAAGCAGUUAUGCAGAAAACCAAAACUCGUAUGCUUCGGAGUCAGAAUUUACAGGCUUGAUCUCAGCAGCAACUUCCACUACAAAUUCUCCCACUGUUGGCUCAGACUUCCCAUUCAGUCAGAUUGGCUUUGACACGAACUUUACAUUUGAUAAUUCAAGGUUCUUUUCCUAGUCGUCACAGUAAAUUUGAGAAGAAAACAAGAGUAGAAUCGUAUGAAAUUGUAAUUCCAGGUAGUGGACAAAGAAGGCUUUUAUAACAUCAUCAUGUGAAGACGUAGUCUGGUGGAAACCAGCUGAGUAACUGGCAUAGAAAGAAUAUUGUAAACUUAGAGUAUCUAGACAGAGGUUAGUGAAGAAACGGUAACAAUUUUGUUGGAUUCAUGACCCGAAGUCCUUUUGAUUUUCGUCUCAUGCAGUUGUCUGCACUCUGAUCAAACUCUGAAAUCAAUUAGAAUUCAGGUAA